CGCGGCCGCUCCCCCUCCCCGCAGCCUCCCUUAUAUGCUAUGGGGCGGCCGCAGCCGCCGCCGAGCGCACCAUGCGGGCUCUGGUCGGCUUGGCCGCCGCGCUGGGCAGCCUGCUGCUGGGCGGCUGCCUCCUGCGCCGGGGCGGCCAGCAGCCCCUCGGCCACAGGGGCUGGGAGGAGGAGGAGGGCGCGGGAGCGGCUGCCGUCACGCCGAAAGUGGUGCGAGCCCUCCGGUCGCCGCCGCCGUCCCUCGCCCGGGGCGAGAACAGAACAACUGUUCAUAGAAAUGGGAUUUACCAGUUUGAACAGGCUUCAAAAUGUAAGGCAAUUCAGGACAACGUUUUGUCAUCAUCUAUCAAGAAGAAAAGAUAUUCAGAAGAUUAUUAUCUUCACAUUGUCACAAAACUCCAGAACUGUACCUGGAUAAGGAGACCGGAAGAAUCUACAAAAUUUAGGUCAGAAUUAGCUUCCUGCUGUGAUGCAGUUCACAAUUUUAUUGCUUCUCAAAACAACACCCCACUGGGAAGUAACAUGAGUUACGAAGUGGACAGUAAAAAGACCCUCCUCAUUACAGAGGACAUUUUUAAGAUGCUGCCUGUGUCCUCUCCUCUUUCAGUUUAUCCCUUCAAGACCUGUGCAGUGGUUGGAAACGGAGGCAUUCUGAAAAAUUCCAGCUGUGGAGCUGAAAUUGAUCGUUCUGACUUUGUGUUUAGGUGUAACCUUCCACCAACCACAGGAAGCAUUAGCAAAGAUGUUGGCAAUAAAACAAACCUUGUGACUGUUAAUCCGAGUAUCAUAGCUCAGAAAUACAACAAACUAAAUGAAAAGAAGACAGAAUUUCUAGACAACAUUGCGGUCUAUGGAGAUGCUUUCCUUUUAUUGCCAGCAUUUUCCUUCAGAAGCAACACAGCCACUUCUUUUAAAGUGUAUCACACUCUGCAAGAGUUCAAAGCAACCCAAAGGGCAAUAUUUUUUCACCCCACCUAUCUGAAAAGUCUUGCCCAGUUCUGGAGAACUAAGGGUGUGAAAGCCUACCGGUUGUCAUCUGGUUUUAUGAUCACUAGUGCUGCUCUUGAGCUGUGUGAGAAUGUGAAGCUCUACGGGUUCUGGCCUUUCUCAAAGUCCACAGAGAAGAUGCCGAUCAGCCACCAUUAUUAUGACAAUCAGUUGCCUAAGCCAGGUUUCCAUGCAAUGCCCAAAGAAUAUAACCAGAUCCUUCAGCUUCACGGCAAAGGCAUUUUGAAACUGCAGUUUGGUAAAUGUGAAUCAGACUGAAAAGGGUGAUGAUCCUAAGGAGACAAUUUGUGUGUAUUUCGGCAGUUCAGUGUUGGAUAUUGGUCUGAUGUGAUUUUGUGAGCAUUAAACUGUGUAAUUAUGAUAGAGAAAUAUUUUACUCUUGGGGAGAAAAGAACGUGAUUUUUCACACAGUGACUGCUACAUUUCUGAUUUUUAAGUGAUUGUUUUUUAAAAAUACAAAAUAGCAUUUAUUUGGGAAAUUCUCAAACUCCUGACUAUUGGCUUAAUUGUAGCAAAGCACAAUCUCAGGAUAGUGGCAACAUGUGACAUUCAGCAUGUUUUGCUUCUUAAAGUAUCAUUAAAACAUUUUGACAUAAGAUUUCUGGUUUUGUUAAUAUCACAUAAUACAGGCAAUAUGGUAGCUGCGUGAGUUGGCAGUGAACACUUUCAAUUAAGAACUUGAUCCUGUAAACUCUAGCACUUGUCUACAUGACAGAGGUGAUGAGAAGAGCUACAGAAGAGUAAUUAAUUCAGAGCCAUGUCAUUUUUAGUUUGUCCCAGCUUAAAAAUAGUCAAGUGGUUUAUGGACUCUCAUUUUGUGGGCAAUAGAUAAUGCUGUGGAUUUAAUGGGAUCACUCAUGUGAAUUAUGUUAAUUUUAUGAACAAGAAGGACCAGAGCUGUAUAAUUGUUUUUAAACCCCUCUUCUUGCUUGUCUUCCCGUUUAAGGUCCAGUUCAACUCCAAAUGACAACAAUAAACUAGGUUCCAUGCUGCAAUUUCCAGAGGCCUGGUAGGGCAUGGCUUUGCACACAAUCCUGCAGUCCCAGAUCUGUAUCUCAGCUGAUAUACGAGAUGAACCAUUCAUUGGAAGAAAUAUUGGUACCAAACCUAUAAUUUCUUCUAUUUCUUUGUCACAUAGCAUAGCUUCUAUCAAUAUGUGAGUACAGAUCAGGAAACUGCGCUAAGCAUUAUUAGAAGAAUGCUCCUCUUAAAAUCAACUCCAAGGUUUUUUCCUAUACUAGGACAUAUGAGAGAAGAACCUACAGUAUCUUAACUUAAAACCCAUGCAUUUCUUCUGCUCUAAGUUUCCAUAUGGUCCAGGAGUACCUGUGGAGAAACAUCCUGUGACAGCUGAAAGUGAAAUAUCAGCUCAAUGCAGAGAAUCACAUUAACAUUUACAGGAGCUAUGACAAGCAGUGUUUCACUAGCUGUGGCUGCUUGCAUGUUAUGCUUAUAUGCUUUACUGCAGGGAAAAAACCCAAACAAACCAACCAAAAGAAAUUUAUAAAAAAUUUAUAAUAACCAGUUUCUGUUAAAAGAAGAGUUUCGGUAGCUUUAUUAAAAGUCUAUUGAAUGAUCAGUUCCAAAGAUAGUGUGUCCUUCUUUUACAGUCAGAUACUAUCAGGUAUUUUGUUUACUAAAACUGCUUUUGCCACUGUAGCAUUAAGUCCUCCAUCAACUGAUUCAAAGACCAUUUAAUGUUCCGCUCAUAUAAUCCUCAAUGACUCAAAAAAUCCUACUUAGAUGAAAUGAACCUUGUAAAAUAAGGUUCAAAAAAAAACUUUUCAACUGAUACUCUGUAAGAGCAUUCUAUAUUGUUGUAAUAUUUGAAAGCUUACCUGGUUUAUGAUCACAUAAAUAAUCCUGAAAGUGUUAGAAUCAGUCAUUAUGAUUCCAGGUCUGAUAGUUGAGACACAUUCAGCAUCUUGACCCACUCUAAGAUAAUAUUGUCAGAACCCUAUACUACUCCUACCCAAGCAGAAGUAUCUAUAAAUGGUGGCAGCAAAUAUCAGCAAUAAAGCGAAUUGUUUGCAAAAUAAGGUUUUAAAAAAAUAGACAGUGCCUAGGAGCACCAUAUGACGAGUGGACCUCUGAAUAUCAGUAGGGCCUUUAACAGACUCAGAGACAUCAGAAUUGACUGGUACAUCUGCGUUACCAGCUGGUGAGUGAAAAAGGCGAGCACAAGAGUUUGAUUUACUGUGAUCUGUUAUGGUUCCAGCACCACAUGUCCACAUUUUGUCUUCACCAGCAGUGAAAUUUGUGCCGGUUUCUGGCCACAGGCGUCUGCUGCUCGUCUGCAGAGGGCUGGCUGCUGCAGGACCCUGCGUCCAUGUUAUGUUACAGGUGAUUGCCAACUUGCAAGACCUGAGUUAUAGAUUAGAGUCAAAUUUACUCCCAAAAGAGUUCUUCCUACACUAUAAGUCACUCACCUAGACUGUCCCUGAGUGUGUAUAGCUGAAAGCUGUAAAAAGUGAUGUACUUGUCCUUUGGGUGACACAAACAGCUUAGGUUGAGGAGAACCAUGUCAUAUUUCACCCAGAGAGACAAAGACACACCUGUGUUCAGUCAAGGACUGUUAUUUCUUCCAGUCUAGCAUCGUGCAAUGAGGUGAUCUUGGCUAUGUAGCAGCUACAUAAUUUGACUUGGAAAAAAUCGUACAUCUUUUAGAGACUGAGAAGAUCUUGCAUGGUAUCUAGAACAAUUGCAAGUGUUUUAUGUGUAUGUAGAGUUGAUGGAAAUAAUUCAUUGUUCAGAUUAAAUUCAGUUAACUACUCAGCACGAGUAAAGUGGAAAAAAAUGGUUUUGUAUAAGUAUAAUAGAA